AUGGCGGCUCAAAUUGAGGACAAUGGGCGAUACUGGAUACAAGCAACUGGUGAUACUGUUAAGAUGAGGGGUGUUGACGAACAGACUCAUUGCAAAGGAUCUACGAGAGGAGACCUACGGACCCCUCUAUUGCACGAAAAAGGUGGUUGA